AUGACUAAUCACGAGAAGCUAGCAGCAAAAUGGCUCAAGUGGGAUAAGAAUGAAAAAACCCGCGCUGAAAUUGAAGAUUUAAUACAAAAGAAAAAUGUUGAGGAAUUAGAAUCACGACUUUGUGGCAAAAUGGCUUUUGGGACAGCUGGAGUAAGGACGAGAAUGGAGGCCGGAUUCUGUCGAUUGAACGAUUUAACCAUACUGAUGCUAACACACGGUUUCGCGAAACACCUAAAAGAUGAAUACAAACGUGAUAGCAAUGGCGUCGCAAUCGGCUAUGAUGGCCGUCAUAACAGUAAACGGUGGGCUGAAUUAGCGGCCAAUGUUUUCGUGCUCAAUGGAAUUAAAGUGUUUGUGUUUUCGGAGUGCUGCCCGACACCUGUUGUGUCGUAUGCAACAAUAAGGCUGAAGUGUGAUGCUGGCCUGAUGAUAACAGCAUCUCAUAAUCCGAAGCAAGAUAAUGGAUACAAAGCAUACUGGACGAACGGAGCUCAAUUACUGGGACCGCAUGAUCGGGAAAUAUGUCGAAUAGCUUACGAGGAUACGGAGCCAAAGCCCGAGUACUGGGACACAUCAAAGCUCCGCUCGCAUCCGCUUUUCAAUACAGCUGAUCCAAAAUGUCCAAUCAAAUUCACUUAUUCGGCGUUCCAUGGUGUGGGUUUGCCGUACGCGUCGAGGAUGCUAAAGGAUUUUGGAUUUCCAUCUGAAAGUUUGGUUGUUGUACAGGAGCAUGCAAAGCCAGAUCCGGACUUCCCGACGGUGCCAUUCCCGAAUCCAGAAGAAGGUUUGAAAGUGUUGAAAAUUCCCAUUGCAACUGCUGAAAAGAACCAUUCCACUGUGAUUUUGGCGAACGACCCGGAUGCCGACCGCUUUCAGUUAGCUGAACAGCAAAAACAGUAA